GCUUGUGAAUUAUUAUUAAUUUUUUUUAAUAUAAAAGAGAAUAAAGUUUGAGGCACAAGGAAUUAUAGGCUAGAUACAAAGAAGUAAACUAAAGUGGGAAGGAGAGGAGUAUUUCCAGAGAGAUAAAAGCCGUUUUUGGGAACUUGAACCAGUUUAAAAAAAAAAAGAAAAACACCACUCUGAUCAACCAACUAGCUUGGCCACCAAAUGAAAUUCAUAAAAGCUUGGUACAUAUAUACUUUUUUCUACUUCUAAAGCUCAUUUCAGCCCAUUUAUUCUCUCUCUUUCUCUUUCUCUCUUUUAGCCCAUACUCUACUACUACACUUCCUCCUUUGCAUGCCUAACGAUCUUUCCUCUGCCUUUUCUCUUCCCAUUAUCUUCUAGUCUUUUUCCACUUAUAAACAGUACUCCUACAAAAUGAGGGUAAGCACUAUUUUUUACUCUGCAAAGUUUCAUUUUUAUUAAACCCAAUUAAUAGUGUGGUGGUCUUGUUUUGUUUUAAUGCAGCUGUUUGGCUGGAUGCAAAAUAAGCUUAAUGGAAAACAAACAACCAAGAAUACAAAUACAGUUCCAGCAACUAAUUAUGCAAAGCAAGAGCCUCGAGAAGAGUUUAGUGAUUGGCCACAAGGAUUGCUAUCAAUUGGAACGUUUGGUAACGAUGAUAUCAAAGAAAUUUCAGCUGAGAGCCAACAAAAUAAUAACGAUAAUGAUAAUAUUGUUAAGGAAAAUCAAUGUUCAGCUGAGGAAAUAUUUGAUAUUACUCCUGAAGAGGUUGGAAAAUUACAAAAAGAGUUAACAAAGUUGUUAUCUCGGAAGCCAAACAUGGAAAAGGAAAUUGCUGAUCUUCCUUUGGAUAGAUUCUUAAACUGCCCAUCAAGCUUGGAAGUUGAUAGGAGAAUUAGCAAUGCCCUUUGUACAAGUGUUGUGUCAUCAUCAUCAGAUAAUGAUUAUAAUAAAGAUGAAGAUAUUGACAAAACCAUUAGUGUCAUUCUUGGUAAAUGCAGAGAGGCAAUUUCUGCUGGGAAAAAUAAGAAGGAUAAUAUUGGAAAGAAGUCUAUUUCUUUUCUUCUAAAGAAGAUGUUUGUUUGUGGGAGUGGCUUUGGACCAACUCCUAGUUUGAGAGAUUCACUGCAAGAGUCCACAAUGGAGAAGCUUUUGAGGACAAUGCUUCACAAGAAGAUGGCCCCUCAAAAUCCUAACAGGGCAUCCUCAGCAAAGAAAUACUUGGGAGACAAACCGAUUACUCCAAAGAAGAGAACUAAUAAUGAUAAUGAUCAAGAUCAAGAUCAACAUAAUGAGAAGAGACGGGAGAGAACUGAUGAUGGAGGCAAAUGGGUUAAGACAGAUUCUGAAUAUAUUGUUCUAGAGAUUUGAGUCUGCUCCCCUCACUUGAUCGAUAGCAGCUAGCAUUCUUAUUUCAAGGUUAUUCUUAAGUCUGUAUUACAUAUGCCUUGUAUUUAGUCAGAGGACUUGGAAUUAAUUGAUCUGAAAUAUCACAGCCGUACGUUUUGAAAUGAUUAAAUAUCACAAAAAUAAAUGAAUAGAUAAAAAAUACCAUGGCCAAUAAUUAAAAUCAUCAAUGUUGGUCUGUUCCUAUUAAUUGAAGAAGAAGACGAUGAUGAGAUCAGUACAAAAUCGGCUGAAACAGCAUAUAAUUAUAUCUAGCUCUGUGUUUUUGGUGACAGAAUUGAGUCCCGUUUUUUCAUGGUAUAAAUGUAACUGAGGAUUUCAAUCCCAGUUGCAAUUAAUCAUGUUAUAUAUAUUAUAUAAAUUAUGAAAAACUAAUAUUGUUAAAAGGGUUUCUGUACGUAUAGUAUACCAUUCUGGUCGAGCUAUACGUUUUUCCAGCUACAAUUUUCGAUCUCUGUUUAUGUAAUUUACUGUGUAUUUUUUUUCUUAGCUGAAAUGCUUCUAUCUGUAAGAUAUUUUGAGGUUAUCAAUAACAGUAUUAGAUUGACCUUUUUAUAUA